AUGGGCGCAUCGCAGAAAUCCGAGAAGCACACUCCAAAACGAAAGGCGGGCAGCGCCAACGAGAAGACCACGCUGCUGGAGGCGAUCUCGACCCAGACCCCUCCAUCGAAAAAAUCCAAGGUCCAGGCCGAUUCCUCGGCACGGGCCUCCACCGCCGUCACCACCGUCACGGACUUUCCGCGCGGCGGCGCUACGGGCCUGACGCCGCUUGAGAUCCGAGAAAUCUCAGACAAAGUCAAGCAGGAUGUUUUGUUUGAGGUACUUCAAAACGAUGCCGCCGGAGGUCAGUCCGCAUCCAAGCCCGGCAAAAAUGCAAAGAAGCGCAAACUUGCCAAAGAAACUGCCGAGGUCGAGCCGAAGCCGACGACAACCGAGAGCGCAAAGUAUGUCGAUGGCCUCAAUUUCCGAAAGAUCUCCGUGGGCAUGACCAUAAUGGGCUGUAUCAAGGAAAUCAACGAACUGGACAUGGUCGUCUCGCUGCCAAACCAGCUCUCUGGCUUCGUCUCCAUCACCGAAGUCUCCUCGGUCUUUGCCAGCAAUAUCGAGAAGGCUACACUGGAUGACAAGGACGACGAGGACGAAGGCAAAGAUGAUGACUCGGGCAUCCCCGAUCUCAAAUCGCUAUAUGCGGUCGGCCAAGUGGUCCUUUGUUCCGUGAUCUCGGUUUCCCAUAGCAGCGAAAAGGACGAAAAGACCAAGACACGGAACCGCAUCGAGCUAUCGCUGCGUCCCGAGCUGGUCAACGCCGAUUUUGCGGCCUCGACUCUCACCGAGAACAUGACCCUGACAGCGAUGGUCAAGAGCAAAGAAGACCACGGCUAUGUGCUCUCAUUUGGAAUCGAUGGGAUUGUUGGUUUCCUGCGAAACAUGGAUCUUGGCAGCGGUAAUCGUCGGCCGAGGGCGUUCAAAACAGUAUCGGCGGGCAAAGCAAGGUCGUCAGUGCGAAAUGCUGACGCAUUUCUGGUCAUGUCAGCAGUGCAGCUCCGCGCCGGUACGCUCGUAGACUGCAAAGUCAAGUCCAUCCUCAAGAACGGCAUCCAGGUCUCCUUCCUGGAAUUCUUUGAGGGAACCAUCGAGAUGGCGCAUCUGCCGACGUUUGUCGAAGAUCCCGACACUGAUUUGAAAGCGCUCUUCCGCGACAGCCAAAAGAUCCAGGCUCGCAUCCUUUACGUCGAUUCUCUCAACAAGCGCAUCGCCUUGACUCUGAAGCCAUACUUUGUCGAGCUCUCAAAAUCGUCCUUCACCUCGGCCGCCGCCGAAUUCGGCAGCAUCCACAACCAGAUCACUGUUCUCCGUCUCGAUGUCGGAAAGGGCGUCUUUGUGCACAUCCCGAACCUUGGCAACGGCUAUGCCCACAUCUCUCGGCUGUCGGACUCGCAUCUCGACAAUGCACAGGUCUCCAAACAGUUCCGGAAGGGCAGCCAGCACACGGGCCGAAUCGUUGGACUGGACUACUGCGAGAGCUUGAUGCUGCUCUCGUUCGAGAAGUCGGUUCUGGAGAAGAAGUUCCUGAACUACACUGAUGUCAAGAUCGGCGCGCUGAUUGAGGCAACCAUCGUGCGAAUCGACACCUUUGGACUCAUUCUCUCGAUCGCGGAAAACAUCCGUGCCCUGUGUCCCUCAAGCCAUCUUGCCGAUGUGACCGUCAGCAAGCCCGAGAAGAUGUUCAAAGUUGGCUCGACGAUCAAAUGCAGGGUGCUCUCUGUCAACCCAGAGAAGAGAAGAAUCAACGUAACACACAAGAAAUCUCUGGUCAACUCGUCGCUCAAGAUCUUGUCAAGCUUUGAGUCGGCGGAGGUCGGGGACACAGCCCACGGUACAAUCAUCAAGGUGCUGAAGAAGGGCUGUGUCGUCAGCUUCUACGGCGGCCUCAAGGCUUUUGCUCCGCUUGCUGAACUCAGCACUGGAUACAUCCACGACCCUCUCGAAUCCUUCAAGGAGGGUCAAGUCGUUGCAUGCAAAGUCAUUUCGGUGUCGCCUGCUGACAAGCGCAUGCGAGUUUCCUUCAAGGUAGCUGUUGUGGCAACCUCGAAAAACGUCCUUGCUGGCUUGGAAGUCGGCCAGGUCGUGAAUGGACAGGUCCUGUCCAAGAACGAAGAGGCUGUCGAGAUCCAGCUCUCGCCCUCAAAGGCCCGCGCGAUUCUUCCCAAGAGCCAUAUCUCCGAGAGCAAGAAGCACAGUGAUCAGCUUCUCAAGGCUUUGUCCACUGGUGCAAAAAUCGACAAUCUUGUGGUCCUCAGGAAAGAGGUCAAGAAAGGCCACGUCGCUGUCGCGCACAAGCCAUUCCUGGCUGAGUGCAUCAAGGCCGGCCACGUUCCUACUGCAUUGGACCAGAUCAAGCCCAACAGCAUCAUCGUUGGAUAUGUCUCGAACGUCAUCGACGAGGGCUGCUUUGUCGCCUUCCUGGGAGGCCUGAGCGGCAUGGUCAAGAAGCACAACGUAUCGGAUUCGUUCGUGACCGACAUCCGUGAGCAUGUCUAUGUUGGCCAGACUGUGAUCGCCACGGUCGUCUCGGCCGCCGCCACCGGGUUUGCCGCACAAAGGAUCGUCAGCUCGAUUGCCGAGAAACCCACCGUAACGCUGGAGAGCCUGAUCGACCCUGCCAAGCGCGCGGUGCUCAACCCUGUUGACGAGCGCAUCCAGAAAAUGGAGGACUUUGAGCUCGGCUUGGUCGUCAAGGGUAAAAUUGCGGCAAUCAAGUCAGAUCAGAUGAUGAUCCAGCUCGGCUCGAAUGUCCGCGGUCGCGUCCAAGUCUUUGAGAUCGCCGACGACCUCGCUAGCAUCCCGAACCCCAACCGUCCGUUUGCUCGCUACCAGGUCAACAGCGUUAUCGACUUGAAGGUCCUUGGCUUCAUCGAUGUCCGCGGCCACCGCUUCCUGCCGAUCAGCCACAGAAACGCCGUCACCACGACCCUGGUUGAACUCUCUGUGCGCCCUGCCGAGCUAAAGCUCCCCAAGGGCCAGUUUGCCACCCCUCUCUCGGCGCGAUACCCGACGUUUGAGUCGGUGCAGAUUGGAUCGGACUACAUCGGCUCGGUCUCGCGCAUCGAGGACGACUACAUCACAGUCACGCUGGGUCCGCACAUUAGCGGCAACGUCCCUCGCCUGGAGCUUUCCGAUGACCUGAAAGUGAUCAAGGCAUUCAAGAAGCACUUUGGCAUUGGCCGCCUGGUCAAGGUCCGGGUCGUGGAGAAGGGAGCCGAGAAGCGUUUCAUCCGUCUGUCGAUCCGCUCGGCCCUCAUCGACGAGGAUCCAGUCUCGAUCGAGAACAUCCAGGAGGGCCAGGUCUACAACGGCGUCGUCACCAAGCUCAUACCGAACCAGGGCCUGAUCAUUUGCUUCAACACCGGUGUCUACGGGCGUGUUGACAUCACGGACGUCAGCGAUGUCUUUUCAUCUAACCCCCUCGGUGGCUUCUCGCUGAAGCAGUACCUGCGCUGCUUUGUCAUCUCUGUUGAUCGCGAGAACAAGCAUAUCGAUCUCUCGCUGCGAGCCAGCCGGCUGAAGGACAAGGCCAAGACAACUGGUUUCAAGGAGAUCAUCGACCUCGCUUCCCUCGAGCCUGGCACGCUUGUUCAGGGCUAUGUUCACAACGUUAUCGACCGCGGCCUCAUUGUCUCCAUCGGCCGCCAUCUCUCUGCAUUCGUUGGCGUUCCCAACAUUAGCGACCACAAGCUCCCCAACUGGAAGGAAGUCUACAAGGUUGGAAAGCUCGUCAAGGGCAUCGUGCUCAAGGCCGACGCCGAAUCCAAGCGUGUAUCUCUGGCUCUCAAGCGCUCGGCCAUGUCUGGUGUCAAGAUGACCACCCGUCUCAAGAAGGGCGAUAUCGUGGAGGGAAGCGUCAGCGAGAUUCUCCAGAGCGGCAUCAAGAUCCGUAUCUUCAACUCAAAGUUCUAUGGCAUCUGUCCAAACUCGGAGCUCUCCGACAAUGUUGUCACCAGCGUCGAGAAGCUCUACUCCUCCGGCGACGUCGUCAAGGCCAUCGUGCUCGAGUACGAUCGCGAGACCCGCCGAGUCACACUUGGUCUGAAGGCCUCGUACUUUGAAGGCCGCGAUGAGCCCGCCCAGAAGAAGAGCAACAGCACCAAUGACGCCGACGGUGACGACGAUGAAGACGGUGACGACGACAACGGCGACGACGGUGAUGAGGACGAAGAAAUGUCCGAGGCCGCCCCGGCAGGGAGUGAUGAGGACAACGACGAUGUCGACGAUGAGAACGACGACGACGGCCAGGAUCAACAAGGCGAUGACCAGGACAACGACGAGGACGACGAAGCUUUGAACAAGAAAAAGUCGCGCCGCCAAAAGCAGCGCGAGAAGCGGGAGGAGGAGGAGCGCAUUGCGCAGCGCGAGAUGGAGCUCCUUGAUCAGGACAUGCCGCCCGAGAGCGCCGACGAUUUCGACCGCCUCGUCGUUGGAUCACCCAACAACUCGUUCCUGUGGAUCAAGUACAUGGCGUUCCAGCUGCAGAUGGCCGAGGUCGACAAGGCCCGCCAGGUGGCCGAGCGCGCGCUGAAGACCAUCGAGUACCGCGAGGAGCGCGAGAAGCUCAACGUCUGGGUCGCGCUGAUGAACCUCGAAAACAGCUACGGCACCAACGAGAGUCUCCAGCAGGUCUUUACUCGUGCUGUUGCCCACAACGACCCCAAAACGGUCUAUAUCCAUCUGGUCAAGAUCUACGAGCGAACCCAGAAGAGCGAGCUUGCCGAGGAACUGUACAAGCAGAUGACCAAAAAGUUCAGCAUGAGCUCCAAGGUGUGGACCAACUACGGUCUCUUCUUGCUCAAGAGCGGCAAAUCGGAAGAGUCGCGCAAGGUCCUCCAAAGAAGCUUGAAGAGUUUACCCAAGCACAAGCAUGUCAAGACCAUCAGCAAGUUUGCGCAGAUGGAGUUCCGCUUCGGCGAGCCCGAGCGUGGCCGAACCAUUUUCGAAGGCAUUAUGGGCCACUAUCCCAAGCGCAUCGACUUGUGGAAUAUCUACCUGGACAUGGAAGUCCGGGCCGGCGACAUGUCGAUCACAAGACGCCUGUUUGAGCGCGUCAUCAACCUCAAGCUCUCCUCCAAGAAGAUGAAGUUCUUCCUGAAAAAGUACCUGGACUUUGAAAAGACCCACGGCGACGAAAACGGCAUCGACCACGUCAAGCAGCUGGCCAUGGCCUAUGUCGAGCGAGUCCAGAACGAUGCGUGA